AUGGACGACAAGUUCAAUGCCGGGAAGGCUGGUGUUGACGAACUCAUCACCAACUGGAUUAAUGAUUCAACUGAUGCUGCCUCUACACCUCCUACUGAAGAUGGGGAAUAUCAAGACUCGGGGGUAGAGUCUGAUGCAAGCGAGUCGGAGCUACAUCUGUCUUUGGAACUGAAUACAGAUGCUACUGGAACUCACGAAAGCUUCAUGCAUGCUAAUGAGAACCUUGCGGAAUUUGGGGGGAUAGAUAUCGAAAGCUAUCUCAACGAGAACAAGGAGACCUGGAAGAAGAGACCCAACAGCAAUGACUGGAACACCAUUCGAAAUACAGGAUCCAACACACACAAAACCUGGCCUAUGAGUAUGGCCAUCGAGGCUGCAUUCCGAGAGUUCAAAGCCAAAAAUGCUGCGGUAAAUGUCGACACCCACGAAAUUCUUGAGGAAACCCACUUAACCUCGAACAAGUGGUUCUGCUCCAAAGACGGCUCAAUGAACAGCACUAUUGCAGGAUGCCUUGGCCAACUUGGACGCGAAGACCUGAUCGAUGUCAAUGUCAGAGUCUGCAACACCAGUGCUUCGUCCAGCCUUGAGACUGGUAAGCCGGCAGAGAACGCACAAAAAGGUCUCGAGACUACCUGCGCUAUCAAAUCUGUCGACAAUGACGAGAGAAUGGAUAGUCUUCGUCGCCAAAUCCAAAAAGUACAGAAGGAUGUUACAUCCCCCUUGCUUCCUGAUCAGGUCGACGGGAGGGCCAUCAAGAAAAAGACUAUCAACUUCGCUCACUUCUCACCUGAUGCUAUCAAUGGAUUGCAGUCUGCGAUGAGUGCGAUUAACGCUAAAAAAGAGUGCAUCCAGCGUUGA